ACAACUACCGCGUUUAACUAACAAAAGACGAUAUUUCCCCCGAAAAACCACCGAUCUAGUGGUAAGCAACAAUAACAGGCAAUGUCAUCAUCAUCAUCAUCGGCACAGUCUCGAUUGCUGCAGGUUGCAGGACAUGUGGGUAGUGGCGGUUGGGAGGGAGGAUUACCCCCUGUCCCGAUGGUCGCGGGGGAUUCGGUCGGGCCGUAGGAAUUCCUCUUUGCCAUCUAUCCCUAACGAGAAUCGGGGAUGAAAGAAGCUGACGAGGAAUUGCAGGAGACUAACCGGCAAAGUCGCCAUAAUCACCGGUUGUAAUUCUGCCGUAGGUCCCAUUCUCCCCACAACCCCACAACGCCCAGAACUAAAACCCUCAAAACAGAUCGGCAUUGGUCGCGCCACGGCCCUGCAAUACGCCCGCAACGGCCUCAAGGCCCUCUUCAUCUGCGACCUCUCGAAUACCAACCUCCCAGCCCUAGAAUCCGAACUGCACGCCCUCGCGCCAAACGUCAAAAUCCAUGCGCGCACCUUCGAUGCGGCUGACGAAGCCUCAGUCGCCGGGGUGGUCCAGGACGCCUUAGACAAGUACGCCCGCCUGGACAUAUUCUUCGCGAAUGCGGGCGCACUCGGCGCGACGAAGCUCGUUGGCGACAUCACGGCGGAGGAAUUUAUGGAGACCGUGAGGAUCAAUACCCUGAGUGUAUUCCUGGCAGUGAAGUAUGCCGGGAAGGCAAUGCAGGCUGUUGGCAAGGAUAAGGAGGUUCCUGGAGGUUCGAUUAUUGCUACUGCUUCAACUGCUGGGGUUAGGUCCGGCGCUGGGGCUAGUAAGAUAUUUACCCCUUCAUUCUGCUGCGCAGCCGAGGCUGAUGAGAGAUACGGCAGCCGACUAUUCCGCUUCCAAAGCCGCAGUAAUAAACAUAAUGCAGACUUCAGCGUUCCAACUCGCAGGCACGAAUGUCCGCUGCAACGCUAUAUGCCCUGGCCUAACCAAGACUGGAAUGACGAGUGGAGCCUGGGACGCAGCCAGGAAGCGCGGGACCGAGGGCAAGAUUGGACAGAUAAAUCCACUCAAGCGGGGCGCCACCAGCGAUGAGAUUGCGAGGGUUGCGUUGUUUCUGGGGAGCGAUGAGUAUGUAUUGACCAUCACCCUUUCGCACCCGGAGAGAGGGAGGAGGAAGGCUGACGAAGAUGGGUGGGAUAACAGGAGUUCAUACGUAAACGCCCAAUUCUGGCUCGUGGAUGGAGGACUGAGUGGCAGUCAUCCCACUGCUCCAGGAAAGUUCUUUUAA